AUGACCAACUUUGCUCACGGACGGGAGGAAACGGACUUUGCCAGGGGAAACCACGUGCGCCUUCUCACGUGUGCUUCUCGCACUAAACCUGAUGAUGACGACGGGGCUCCUAUGGAACAAAAGUCCGAGGAAGAGAGCGACGAGACUGACGACGAGGACCAGUCGGUUGAAGACAAGGAGGACAACGUCGACGAGGACCAGUCGGUCGAAGACAAGGAGGACAAUGUCGACGAGGACCAGUCGGUUGAAGACGAGGAGGACAACGUCGACGACGACAAAGCUGUCGAAGAAGAUAGUAGUGACUCGGACGAGUGCGACAAGGCUACUCCCGCCGUGAAGAUCUUUCGCGGCAGCAUGCAGAAUUCCCGGAUCGUCUGGAUGAGUGACAGCGCUGUAACGUUUCGCAACAAAGUAUGCAAGCUGCGGCGCACCCUGUUCAAUGCCUCCCUGACCUGCCGCGCGAUGCAUGAGCCCGCUCUGGAUGCUCUCUGGAGAAGACUGGACAGCCUUGAUCCCAUAUUCAAGCUCAUACGCUCCUUCAGGCAUCAGCCUCAGCCGGGGAGCGCACGAGACAAAGAAUACAAGCAACAGCACUCUGUCGACAAAGCCCAUGCCAUGAAAAUCGUCUGGCAAGAUCUUCUCAGCGGCGCUCCGAAUCUACAGAGCCUACUGUUGAGGGAUAUGCCGACUGAACUGUCCCUGAAAGGUGUGCAGAACCUGAAGCAACUCAGGACCAUACGCGUCGACGGUCGGUCGGACUGCGGUCUCUUCGAUCACACUGCAUCCCUGUCCUACCGUGACUUGCGCGCAUUGUCGCAUCUGGAUGACCUUGUCGAUCUGCGAGCUAAUGUACACGGUAUCGUCCUCCCAGACAAGAGUGCGCCCCUCUUUUUCAAAUCGCUGCAGAGGGUUGAACUCAAGGGUCCACCGUCGAGCAUCACCUCCGUCCUGACGUUGUUGCGGCAUGUUCCCCUCCAGCAUGUUCAUGCUCAUGUAGGCCUGGGAGAUCGGCCGCGGCGGGAGCGCUAUGAAGCGCUCUUCCGCAGUUUCAGUUUCCCAGAUCUAAGACACCUAUCCAUGCAAUUCGAAGACGAGCUUCAGCGGGAGAACAUGGAAGCUGAGAUAGUGCUGGACGCGCAGGCCCUCAUACCCCCUCUUCUCGGGUGCUCCCAACUGGUGCAUUUCGAAAUGCAGCUGAGCAACUACGAGAAUCAGAUCGUGUUGAUGGACAACGACGAUCUCCUCGACGUAGCGGAGGCGUGGCCCCGCCUCGAGUAUUUCGGAUGGGAUUUCGGGUAUCACCAGUCUCGCAUUCCUACCCUUGUUGGUCUGCAUGCUUUCAUGAAGAACUGCUCGGACCUUCGUUAUCUGAGGAUCACCCUAGAUGUUAACGCGCCCCUGCCAGACACACCGGAGUCACUCCCCAUAUCGGGCCAUGGGCUGAAGACGCUCGUGCUAUAUGGACCGAGUAUGUGGCCCCCGAAUGCUAAGAAGGCGGCGCCGUACAUUACCGCGCUUUUCCCUGCCAUAAAGCCUCGCAAUUACAGUUACGGAUCGAGGGUGCAGUUUCAGAUUCGGCCGCAAAGGCGAGUCAUCCCGUGGUCUGAGCGCGAGCCCAUCUACUCCUCCGCAUCGGAGCGCCAUAGUAUUUGGCGUUGAGUCUCGUAGGCAAAAUACAAGGGGGGGGUGUGCAAACUAGACUCGUCAAGUUCGUUUUGUUCGGGACCGAUAUUGAAGAUCUCGUACUCGUCUAUGCGCCAGUUCUGUCGGACAUCCUAGAUCUUCCGUGUAUCAUAGUAAUAUAUUCACCCAAAAGCUCA